AUGUCAAAAGCUAUUGGUAUUGAUUUAGGAACAACUUACUCCUGUGUUGCACAUUUUACAAAUGAUAGGGUAGAAAUUAUUGCGAACGAUCAAGGUAAUAGAACUACUCCCUCAUAUGUUGCAUUCACAGACUCUGAAAGAUUAAUUGGUGAUGCGGCUAAAAAUCAGGCGGCUAUGAACCCAAGUAACACUGUUUUUGAUGCUAAGAGAUUGAUUGGUAGAAAGUUUAGUGAUGAAGAAGUUCAAAGCGAUCUUAAGCACUUCCCAUUUAAGAUUGUAGACAAGGCAGGUAAGCCACAAAUCCAGGUUGAGUUCAAGGGUGAGACUAAGACUUUUACCCCAGAAGAAAUUUCGUCGAUGGUUUUGGUUAAGAUGAAGGAAACUGCCGAAGCUUAUUUAGGUGGUGAAAUUAAGGAUGCAGUUGUUACUGUUCCAGCUUAUUUCAAUGACUCUCAAAGACAGGCUACGAAAGAUGCAGGUUUAAUUGCAGGUUUGAAUGUUACAAGAAUUAUCAAUGAACCAACUGCUGCAGCCAUUGCAUACGGUUUGGACAAAAAGGGAACAUCAGCCCACGAAAAGAAUGUGUUAAUUUUCGACUUGGGUGGUGGUACUUUUGAUGUUUCCUUGUUAGCAAUUGACGAAGGUAUUUUCGAAGUCAAGGCCACUGCUGGUGAUACCCACUUGGGUGGUGAAGAUUUUGAUAACAGAUUGGUAAAUCACUUCGUCAAUGAAUUCAAGAGAAAGAACAAAAAAGAUUUGUCUACCAACCAAAGAGCAUUGAGAAGAUUGAGAACUGCUUGUGAAAGAGCCAAGAGAUCUUUAUCUUCUUCUGCACAAACAUCAAUUGAAAUAGAUUCUUUGUUUGAAGGUAUUGAUUUCUACACUUCUAUUACUAGAGCUAGAUUUGAAGAAUUAUGUGCUGAUUUAUUUAGAACUACCAUUGAUCCCGUCGAAAAGGUUUUGAAGGAUGCUAAGGUUGAUAAAUCACAGAUCCACGAUAUAGUUCUUGUUGGUGGUUCUACUAGAAUCCCUAAGAUUCAGAAGUUAGUUUCUGACUUUUUCAAUGGUAAGGAACCAAGCAAGUCUAUUAACCCAGAUGAAGCCGUCGCAUAUGGUGCUGCUGUUCAAGCUGCUAUCUUAUCGGGCGACACUUCGUCUAAGACUCAAGACUUAUUGUUAUUAGAUGUUGCUCCAUUAUCCUUAGGUAUUGAAACAGCCGGUGGAGUUAUGACUAAAUUGAUCACAAGGAAUGCAACAAUUCCAACCAAGAAGUCUGAAACUUUCUCCACUUAUGCGGACAACCAACCAGGUGUUUUGAUUCAAGUUUUCGAAGGUGAAAGGGCUAAGACUAAAGAUAAUAACUUAUUAGGUAAGUUCGAGUUAUCUGGUAUUCCUCCAGCCCCAAGAGGUGUCCCACAAAUUGAAGUUACUUUUGAUAUUGACGCCAACGGUAUCUUGAAUGUUUCAGCCUUAGAAAAGGGUACCGGUAAGACUCAAAAGAUUACUAUUACUAAUGAUAAGGGUAGAUUAUCUAAAGAGGAAAUUGAAAGAAUGGUUUCAGAAGCCGAAAAAUACAAGGAAGAAGAUGAAAAAGAAGCCGCAAGAAUCCAAUCUAAGAAUACUUUGGAAUCUUACACUUACUCAUUAAAGAAUACUAUUAAUGAUGGUGAAAUGAAAGAUAAGAUUGGAGAAGAUGACAAAGCAAAGUUAUCAAAGAGUAUUGAAGAAACUAUCGCAUGGUUAGAUUCAUCACAAGCAGCAACACAAGAAGAAUACGACGAUAAGCAUAAGGAAUUAGAAGGAAUUGCUAAUCCAAUUAUUUCUGCUGCUUAUUCUGCUGCAGGUGGUGCUCCUCCAGGUGGUGUUCCUCCAGGUGGCAACCAUCCAGGAGGUUUCUCUGCGGAUGCUGGUGGUGCUGGUGGAGAAGGUCCUACUGUUGAGGAAGUCGAUUAA